GUUAAGUUACCUAUAUCGAUAGAUAAAUAAAACGAGUUAAUUAAUUUUAGAAAAUUUCUUAGAAAUUUAAAAUACACGUAACUAAGUGAAAUUUGCAUAUCAGAAAAAAUGGUUUGUUCAGAGAAUAUUAAGAAAAACGAAAUUUCAAGUCUAAGAAGAAGUUUUCCCCAAAUAGUGGCUGUUAUGGUUAAAAACAUUCUUCUGUUAGUAUAUGGAAUGAGUUUGGGCAUGCCGACAAUUCUCAUACCGCGUCUGUCACAAAGGAACGAUACAUCAGAGAGUAUUUUUAUUACCGAGGAAGAAAUAUCUUGGAUAGGAUCCUUGAACUAUUUAUUUGUACCGCUGGGAUGUCUUUUAUCAGGCAUCUUAACUCAUCUGAUAGGUAGAAAACGAUCCAUGCAGGUGAUAAGCGUUCUCUUAUUCAGUGCAUUUCUUCUGUUCUAUUAUGCAUACAAGCCUUGGCAUAUAUUUUUUGCCUUAUGUUUCACUGGAUUUACUGGAGGUCUUCUUGAAGCACCG